UAAUUAUUAAUUCCUUGUUUUACUUGAAAUUUUAUCAAGGCCAAUGUAAUACAUCUUACAUCUCAACAGUUUUAGAUUUUUGAAUCUUUUUCGAGUGAUUCUUGUUAUUAAAUUGUGAUAAGCUUAUAUACUAGAAAGUAUAGCAGAUUUGUGAACUGUGGCUUAUAAAGUGCAUAUAAAGAAGUGGAAUUUAUUUUGCACUGGUAAAAGAAAUAUUUUGUCAUGAAGGUUUUAUGCAGUUUAAUGAUGAUAAUGAUUCUCCGGCAGGCUAUCGCCGGAAUCGUUAGGAAGCCGCCGGCUUUUUCAACAUCAGUGUAUUCGAAUUCGUAUCUCCCCGCUGCUAUGCAGGUAAUUUUUCACGCAGUUGAGCAACUGAAGCUGCUUCAAGCGGAAAAAAUAUUGCAGUUAGAGUUAGUGACUUCCUCGUCGAUAUCGACGACCCAAUCGAUGAAGAAACAGCAACCGCAAUCGACGACACCCGAGGGAAUUUCUAUAAUUUCAACAGCUACGACCGCAAAAGUGCAUGAAGAGAGGACAGAAAUAUCCAUAAUAUCCACUCCCAUAAUAUCUACUUCGACUCUGACGAAUGAGAUAUCGAGCCAAAGUUCAUCCAAGACUUAUGAUAAUUCGACAGAAGUCGCUCAACGUUUAGCAACUUCGACUGCGAGCGUCGUAUCUGAUCAUAAAGAGACACCAGAAGUGAAUCAAGAGACUACUGAAACGAAUUACGAAUUACCAGCAACGCCGGAAACGAAUCACGAAUCACCGGAGUCCGUACAGGAGAUUCCGGAAUCGAAUCAGGAAGUCACUGAGAACGAAAAAUCUUCAAAUCUUUCAAUCACUGAACAUUCUUUUGGCAAAGUAUCAACUCAGAUCCAAACGCAACAACAGGCUUCUAUUACGCAAGUGUCGGAUUUUCAGAAAACGAAAAAACCUACCGUUGAUAGCGUCGUGGACGAAAUUCACAGAAUCGUGAAGACAACUACAUCCCUAUUCAGCGACGAAUCGGAUGACAGCGAUGAGUCAAAAAGUGUGGAAACAUCGAUCGAAAAGUCAGAAAAAAUUGAAGAAGAAGAAGAGGAAACAAGAUUUUGUUUACUCGGCGAAAGAGUGGCUCAAGUGCCGCGUCCAAGCUUGAAUCAUUAUUUAAGGCGUUCCAAAGUACCACCUAGGCCGUCUCUUCAACAAAUGGCGAAUCUUUAUGACGCCCUCAGCAAAGACGCGCGGAAGCAAGGAUUCGCGCGUUUUGCUGGCUACACAGACGAAAUCUUAAAGAUUUUGUAUUCAUCCGCUGAGGGUGGCAUCGGACCGCAGCUGAAACAGCUGCUAAAGAAGGUGGUAGAGAAGAACGAACUCACUAGAGAUGAUGCGAAGUUGAGAACGUCGCAAGCACUGCGUGAUCUCGAUAAUCCUGCUAGCGCGCUCAGUAUGGACCUGAGACGUCUGUUACCGUUGCGUUAUACGUUUUAAUUCUUUGAGAAACUUGCAACAAUCUUAGAAUAUUAGAAAUAAAAAUACG